CUUCUUUCUCUCCACAUCCAUCCUAACCUCAACCUCAGUCGACAAUCCCAUCCAGACCCCAGUGUCCUCCACAACCUAGUUCUUCAUCAGCAGAUAUCGAUUAGCAGCCCGCAAACGAAACAAACAUUCCUCAUGAAUCCGCCCCCCGCGAUCCCGAUAAUCGACCAAUCACGACCCCGUUCCUGAGCCCGCAGCGCGCUCUCGGAACAUUCCUCGACUCUCCCUCGAUUCUUCGACUAGAGCAUAGAAAAGGGAGCAAUGCCCUGGCAGCCCCUCCCACGCAUCGCUUUCGCCGUCGCAACGUUUCCCUUCGCGGCCCACGAGCCCGCAGACCUCCCACUCGAGCUCGGCGACGAACUCUACAUCAUCGAGCAAGGCGGACGCAAUGGGGACUGGUUCCGUGGAUACCUGGUCGCGCCGCCGAGUUUGCUGGCAGGGUUGACGAGCGUGAAGGGGCAGACUCUGGAGGCGCGUGUUUUCUCUGGCAUAUUUCCAAGAUCAUGUGUGGAGGUCCGCGAGGUGCUGGGUGAGGAUGAGGAGGGAGACGAGGAGGAUGGGCAAGUGAAUGGGGAAGCGCAGUCAGGGGGGUAUAGGGGGAGCGGCGUCAAUGCAGAUGGGAGUCCGCUGGCCAGCCCGCUGAGCUCGCAGUUGCGCAAACGGGUCUCGGGCAGACCUUCGGGGGGGAAGGGAAGCAGGCCUGGGGGGAAGAUCAAGAAGAAGAAUCCGCAGCAGCAGCAGCAGCUCAUGAAUGGGAAUCAUGCUACGCUUGCGCUGUCUGUCAAUGCCCCACGCGAGCCGGACCAACCUAAACCGCCAGCUCCAGUGCCGAUGCUCAAGAUUGGCGACGAGACGCCGACCUCUGCUUCCGAGCCGCUGGUGGACGAAAUCGCGAGCUGUUUGAGGGAAUGGCAUUCUACGAAUCUACAUGAGUUGUUGUUAAGCAGGCAGUAUCCGCUGCUGGAUAAGAUGUCUACACUGGUGCAUGGUCUAGAUUUGUCGAGGAGGCAGUUUCUCCACAAUGUGCUAACAACACAUGAGUUGGGCAGUUUGAGGGAGAAGACGGUCUGGGAUUUGGUCAGGGGGAACAAGGUGUUUAAUGGGGAGGUCGUUGUACGGGAUCCGGCGCAACGGGGGAGAGUGCUGACGGGCGAAGACUCGGCGGUCGAAAUCACGAAGCUGCAGUCUAUGAUGAGCCUACUGGACGAACGGCCGCAACCUCCUGCCAAUGAGAACCCCACGUUAUACCAUUUGUUGAUUGAUGUUAAGGCUUUUGUGGGCGCGAAUACCGAAUCGACUACCUUGGUGUUCUUUCUUGCUUCAAAAACUCCGGGACAAGCUGCCGUGGCAUUGAGCGAGAGUUAUAUUGUGGAGGUUCCACCAAGUGGCGCCCUGACAGGUUUGGCAAAGGCUGGGCAGAUGCGGACACUUUUCACGAAUCUUGCUUCGGCCGAUAUUGGAGACUUGCCCUCUACGGAUACCGAGCUCUUUCUGGUAGUCAAAAUUCGAUCGACCGCGCAGGUCAUUGCAGGCAAACCAGGUUCAAGGAGUGGCCUGGUAUCAAGAGAUGGCUCGACUACAAAAAGCGAGAAGUCUCAGUCUUCAGGUGGUGGAAGCAAGUCUGGACGACGAAGCCUGAUGUGGGGCCAGAAAUCACAAAGAUCAGCAUUCUCGAGAAAUGCACCAAUAUCGUCCAAGCUGAACUCUCUCUCUGAGCAUGAAGGUACAGAUGAUGGUCAAGAUCCCCCAAGUACUGCCGAUUCUCGAGGGCCUGCUGCAAGUGAGCAGAGAGGGACUGUCAGCCGAAUCGUUAACAGAACAAUGGGAAUUGGAGCUCUGAAGGUCAAUUCGAUCAUGAAGCAAGCAGAUGAAGUGGAGUCUGUCAUGACCAUCUGGUCUCCGUCUAUUGGUUUUGGGCACGAGAAGCAGGAAGAUGGCUGGGAAGACGUUAUCAAGGAUUUGAUGGAGAGCAAGUCGGGUCACUUCGAGAAAACACGAAGAGCAGAGCGGUUACAGAUACAUCUGAAGCCCUUCGAGAAUCCGGAUGCAGAUGCGCUCAUCAAAGCCACCCCAACCCUCCUCUCUGGGGUUGCCAGGACGAGUAAGAUGGGCUUCUCGGGUGCUCCUACCAAGCCAAGAUCAGAUAUCUAUGUUACAAUUGAUGAGGCAUUCUUACCUCGUCACGCUCUCCUCUCCCGGUCCGCUGGCAGCGCAACGCCGCUUUCUUCUGGUAUCACCGGAUCAAACCUUCAGAUCACGUUGGAAGUCCGACGUGCAAACGGGGAACGAAUGGAAGGCGCAAUCUUCCCCUCAUCAAAUUCUGAAUCUCAAUCGACAUGGGAAUCCACGGCAGCUGAACGUGGCGAUGGCUGGAACCAGAAUCUUCGCCUUGCUAUAUCUCCAGGGGAUGUUCCAGGCUCCCACAUUGUCAUGAUGCUCUCCGAUGCCCCGAAUUCACCGUUUGCGAUUUGUUACAUGCCUCUCUGGGACCAAGGGGCUUUCAUGCGCGAUGGCCACCACAGCUUGCUGCUUUACAGAUAUGAUGAUACCACCAGCUCUACAAGGGGUAAAGGAGAAGGCAGAACCGGAUAUCUCAAUCUGAAUUGGAAUGCGAGGGGCAAGGAUGAUGUCAGCAAGGACGAAGCUGUAACGGGGCCAAUUGCCACACUCAGAGUGCAGACCUAUCUUUGCAGUACUCGAUUCUCGCAGGACAAGGUGCUCCUCGGAUUGUUGAAAUGGAAAGAGCAGCCACCAGGAGAUGUCCAGGAACUGCUGAAGCGGCUAGUCUUUGUCCCGGAAAUUGAAGUCGUGAAGCUGCUCAAUGAUGUCUUUGACGCCAUCUUCGGCAUCUUAGUUGAGAAUACUGGCAAUGACGAUUACGAGGAUCUCAUUUUUAGUGCGUUGGUCACCGUUCUGGGCAUUGUUCAUGAUCGUAGAUUCAACCUCGGACCCCUGGUUGACCAGUAUGCGGAGAACAAAUUCAACUACCCUUUCGCGACGCCAUGUUUGGUGAGAUCUUUCACCCGAUUGCUUGCGAAGCCUUCGGAUCCGGAUACCUCGAGGAAGUUGAGAGCGACAUUUAAAGUUGUGAGACAUAUUCUCAAGUUCAUCACCCAUGCACGGGGCCAGCAGAAAGCCAAGGAAGCUGGGAUCGGCAUCAUGAGCACAUCUCCAGGUUUCACACGGCAUCUGCGAGGUAUCUUCAAAGCGCUGGAUGGAUUAAUGCGAAACAAUGCUCCAAUUCUUGUUGGGAGUCAGACGUUGGCUGUUCAACACUUUCAUACUUGGUUACCUGAACUCACGGGUCUGCUCAGCACAGAAGAGAUUCUACAUAUCGCCAUCGAUUUCAUGGACUCGUGUUCUGAGGUCAGGGGGAAGUUGAUCCUGUAUAAACUUGUCCUGGUCAUCAACUACUCGAAGCUGGACCUCUUCUCGCACCCUGAGCAAAAGGCUGCCCUCAGCGCGAAUACAGUUCGAUGGAUUGCACCCCAUUGGGGCAAGACGGCAGAAGUCACUGAGCAGUGGAGAGAACAGGUCCGGCUCUGCUGCUCGAUUCUGUCGACGCAAGUCGCUGGCCUUGGUCCCGAGAUUCCGGACUACAUUCCAAAGAUUAUCGACUCUUACCUCGCUCUCCAAGCACCCCCGAAACCGCCGAAGACGCGAUUAUCAUUGCUCUUCCCAACCACAUACCCCUUCCCGAGCAAGCCGAUUUCGGGAGACUCUCAAUUUGAUGAGGUUCUCAUCGAGCUGUCUGCUAUCCUCUCAGCAAUUUCCAACCGACCUGCUGGCAUGCAGCUUGAGCUUGCUGAGGAUGAAAUGGCUACCCUUCUCGAAGACACGCUACAUGUUCAUCUCAGCAUCCUGGAAUGUGAAGCCUUCCCUGCAAAUUGGCUGAGUGUGCAUAUCUACCACCACAAAUCGACGAUGAGGAUUCUUGAAUACCUUGCUGGGAUCCUGUUGGAGUCGUUCCUACCACAUCCUGACGAAGCCGAGAGCUACAACACUGAGCUGUGGAAGGUCUUCUUCACGGUUCUGCUGAAGCUGGUGGGUAGCGACGCCCUUGCUCUCGAGACAUUCCCCGAGCAGAAACGAAGAGCAGUAUGGAAGAUUGCUGGUGAUGUCAGAGAACAUGGUGCUGAGCUUCUGCGGCAUACUUGGGAAGCUAUUGGAUGGGAGACAAGUUUUGAUGAGAAGCAAAGAUACGGCUUGACGAAGAUGGGUGGUUACCAAGUACAAUAUGUACCUGUGCUUGUUGGUCCCAUCGUUGAACUCUGUCUCAGUGUGCACGAGGGUCUGCGAGGGGUCGCUGUCGAGGUUCUGCAAACGAUGAUUGUCAGCGAGUGGACUCUCAGCGAGGACUUGUCUGUUAUCCAGACUGAGAUGAUUGAUUGUUUGGAUCGAUUAUUCAAGUCAAAACCGUUGACUGAAAGCAUUCUUCAGAAGUUAUUUAUCAAUGAACUUCUCGGUCUCUUCGAUACUCUCGGUCAGGUUGAGGAUGAUCCGCUCUAUGCUGGGUUGAAGGAACUGAUAGCAACCAUCCAUGAAUUCCUCGAUCUCUUGGUGGCGGUACACAGUACCGAUGUCACCGGCGAAGCUUCACACAUGAUUCAUCGUCUACGACUCAUGGAGUUCCUCCGGGAUAUGCAGAAAGAAGAGAUAUUUAUCCGUUACGUCCACCAACUAGCACAACUCCAAGACGAUGCUCGAAACCCCACAGAAGCAGGUCUUGCACUCCGCUUGCAUGCCGACCUCUACGACUGGGACCCGACAAAAAUCCUCCCGCCUCUCAUCGACCCGGAAUUCCCUGCUCAGUCACAUUUCGAACGAAAAGAGAAGAUCUACUUCGACAUCAUCAAGCAUUUCGAAGAUGGGGAAGCGUGGAGUAGUGCACUCAGCGCUUAUCAGGAAUUGCAAGAGCAGUACCAGAAUAAUGUGUACGAUCUCCCCAAAUUGGCGAGGACGCAACGAGCUAUUGCAACCAUCUACGAAACGAUUUCCAAGAGCAAUAAGCUGGUGCCUAAAUACUUCCGCGUCGUGUACAAGGGGAUGGGCUUCCCGCCAUCUUUGCGCGAUAAAGAGUUUGUAUGCGAAGGUUCACCAACCGAGAGGACCACACAAUUCACGGAUCGCAUGCAAGAACAGCAUCCGUCUGCGCAGAUCGUCACAAGUGGUGAGGUUGAGGACGUCGAAGGGCAAUUCCUGCAGAUCUCAGCACUAUCACCGCACCGCGAUCUCGAGCACCAUGUCUUCCAGCGAGCGAGAGUUCCCCAAGUUGUGCGUGAUUAUCUUCUCUCAACCAACCCACAAGACUUCUCAGUGACCAGCAAGCGCAACACUUCUGGUCCAGUAACCGAACACAGCGCCGAGAAGAUCAUCUACAAGACCCUCGAGCCAUUCCCAACCAUCCUGCGGCGGUCAGAAAUCAUCUCCACCGACAGGAUUCACCUCUCUCCCGUGCAAACAGCGCUCGAAAGAAUCAUCCGUAAGACGACAGAGAUGGUGGUCGUCGAGAAGAAAGUCAGCGAUGGGGAGGCGGACAUGGCACCCUUACUCAUCGAUGCGCUGAAUAUUUCCGUGGCGGCGAACUCAGAGACGACUGUUGCGCGGUAUAGGGAGCUACUACCGACCCUGAUUGAGAAUGGCGAGGUUGAGGAAGUGGAACUGAGUCCGCUUGAGAAUGCGCUGAAGGUUGCGUUGAUUGAUCAUGCUGUCAUGAUCAAGAGAUGUCUUACUUUGCUUGGCAAGCUGCCAAAAGCUUCGCUGGCGGGCUCAAGUCUUACGGUCGAAGAGUUGAGUCAAAAUUUCGAAUCAACUUUUGCCCCCGAACUAGCAUCCUUCACAUUCCCCCAAGCCGUUCGCGAUCCGACACCAGUCCCAAGUUGGGCCAUCUCCUCCCCCGUGCUCAGCGACCGCUCCCUCCGAAACUCGCAAAUGCUCCGCGGCCUCCCGAACUCCAACACAAACGGUACCCUCGCCACACAAGCAACAGACAUUCUCGAUACGCCUGGCCACCGCACCGCUCGCUCUAGACUCUCCUUCCUGCAGCGAAAGCCAGUAGCGUCGAAAGAAGAACGGGAAGCGAAUGAAGCCGUUCUCGUGAACGGGAACGGGAAUGGGAACCGCAAAUCCGGCCGUGGGAGAGGCAACAGUGAGGAUGGCAGCGAACGUUCUCGCUCGAAGGAAAAUCGAAAAUCGUUCUUCAGUGGCGGAGGCGUUGGUUCCAUCGGGCGUGGAAGGGGAAGGGAGUUGAGUGAGCAGAGUGAGUGGGUUACUGAGAGUGAUUUUGGGACUGCUAGACGAAGCUCGUCCGAGCAGAGACCGAAGACUAGUGGAGGGAAGAGUGGGAAGAGUGGGAAGGGGGGGAGAGGGGAGGCAGGGGGGCUGAGUCGAGAGGGCUCAGUUGGGUCAAGGGUGGGGAGUGUACGGAAAAGGCUAAGCAGGUUGACGUUAGGGAAGAAGACUAGUAAGGCGAGUGUGCUGGUUGGGAGUGUUGCUGAGGAGGAGUAGACUCCCUUGAUCUUGGGUGCAUGGACGUCAAGGGGUGAUUUGGGUACAUACCAACGAAUUGCGGGAUAGGAUACAGAUGCAGAUUUUCAGCGUGGAGCUGGGGGAUAUUACUUUGUUAUGUUUAUGUUUGGGAUACGGAUGGAUCGAAUACCCGAUGUCGACUUCUUUUCUUGUUCUUUUGUUGGUUGGUUGGCCUGGGAUUUGGUGGUUGUAGAUGAAAGAAAAAAUUUUCAGCGCUCAGGGGAAGGAAGAGAAAAGGGAAAAGGAAGAGCGAUAUAAUAGAUGAGUCUUGGUGUCUAUAAUGAGAUGAGAUUCUUCACCACAUUACCUGGC